AGCUGACAGCAGGGACUGAACUAACUCACAUAUUCCAAAAUGAAAAAUGUAGGCUUGAAGUAACCAGAUACCUGAGAGCAAGCAGAAAUGUUUGUCUUGAAAGUACAUAUGGGUAAGGUAAUAUUAUAAAAAUGUAUUGCUAUUAUUAGUGCAUCAGCAAUUCAAGGUAAACAGAGUGUGAGCACAACGCUGGUGCCUUUGCAACACUAUACUUCCACUAACUAGAAUACACACCAGUGUGCCAGUAGGCUAGCUGGGUCUCAGUAAAUCUUAAGCGUUAAGGACUGAACGCAGAGUUCAUUUUGAAAUGGAAAAGUAUAAAGCAGCAAUGGUUCUCGUGGAAGUCGGUAAUGCAGUGGGGUACCAAAACAAGCACCAGGGCUAUUGGAAAUGUUUACAGAAAUUAAAGGAGUUUGAGGACACGCAUUAUCUUGACAAAGUUCAGCCGCCUGCUAAAUGGAAAGUUCCCUUGAAUAUAUUAAUGCUCAUGGCAACGGCUGAAGUUCUUACUGCAGGUUUGGACAGCUGGCAGUCAUUUUACAAAGAAUUUGCAAAAAAAUACCUCAUCGCAGUGGCCGGAUUUCAAAAUAGCAGUGAAGAUUUGGGGCAUGGUCCUUCUGACCCCGAACCUAAAUGUGUAGCUGCUGGAAGAGGCAUGUGCAUAGGAAUGUGCUAUUCAAAACCCGAGCAACUGUAUGACCUUAUUCAAGCAAGCAUUGAAUGUGGUCGAAUGACGCACAGUUACCCUGCAGGUUUCCUGGGGUCUCUAUGUACAGCACUCUUCACAUCAUAUGCUAUACAAGAGAAGCCUGUGUCCCAGUGGGGGCGAAUGAUGCUGGGUGUGAUGCCGCAGGCAGAGGAAUACUGUAGAAAGAAGAUAGCACUAUUUUCAGAUUAUAGUGAAAACUGGUUUUACUUUGAAGCCAAGUGGCAGUUCUACCUCCAGCACAGAACAAUUGACAAGGAUGGCUGUGACAAUCCUGUCUUUCCAGAAAACUACGAUGCCAAGGAAAGACACAAGCUGUACAAACGCUGGGGUUCAGAGUCGUCUGGAAGAAGAAAGGGUCUUGAAAUUACACUCAUCAUCUAUGAUGCCUUGCUGGCUGCUGGCAAUGACUGGAACCAACUCUGUCAAAGGGCCAUGAUUCAUGGAGGAGACAGUGAAUCUACAGGCGCCAUAGCUGGAUGCUUGUAUGGCCUUUUGUAUGGGAUUGAAAACGUUCCCAAAUGUAUCCUACAAAACCUGAGGUUAAAGGAACAGCUGGAAAGACUGGGCAAGAGGCUAUAUCUUGUUGCUCAUGGGGAAAGCUCGUGUCUCUGCAAAGAUUAUAUAUCAGCCUGUGAGAAUUCUACCAGUUUAAGACAGAUUGUCAGAAAGUUAGCCAGCAAGCGCACAGUGGAUGAAAUCAAUAACCUUCUCAACUACAUGGCCUUACUGGAAAAGGACAACUCUAAACCCGUCGAAUCGGACAGCAAGACAAAAGAAAAACAAGAAGCUGCUGCGAAGCCACGACUGACUCGGUUUCAGCUCCUACAGUGCAGAUUUACAAAGUUCGGUAUCAAGAAUAAAAUGGAAAAACUCAUUCUUAAUGAGCCAGGAAAGAAGAAGAUUACCUUAAACAAAGUCCAACCUUCUGAUGGUGCAAACAAUUUUGCUCAAAACACUACUCAACAAGGCCCUUCAGAAAGACAGAAUAAAAGCACAGACAGGCUGGGUAUAACCAAAGAAACAGAAUCCACAAAUAAUAUUACAGUCUCAGAGAAGCAAGAGAACCGCCAUACUCAGCUGAAUGAACAGACAGCAGACCACCACUCACUUUUUACAAAGCUGGGCACCACAAGUGCAAUUUCUCAAGUCAAAAUUGCUCCGACAGAGCCACUGGUAGACACUGCACCUGCAAUGUUACAAACAUCUGCUGAAGAGUUACAGAAAGAAAGCUGGACUGAAAAUGCUGCGCUGGUUUCUCUGAAGUGUGUUCCGUGCAACACAAAUCAAAUCUUUGUUUACAAAUUGCCAACAAUACACCCACAGGUUGAACAGUUAAACACAGAAAUUUCAACCUCCCCAAAGAUUCAGACCGACAGUGUUUCUGAGUCCCAAACUAGUCAGACAGAAACCCAAUACAAAACGAAGCUGGCAUAUACAGAGAGACAAAACUGUUCCAAACAAAUAGCUAUAGAAAUUCCCAACCACGGGUUAGACAGCAACAAUCCAUCCCUGUAUGCAGAUAAAGUCUCUCCAGCUACAGAGCACAGAGAAGUAAGGGCCUCUGUUAUACAUGACAAGAGCCCGGAACAUGAGCUCUGUGAAAAGACUUCUCCUAAAGACAGCUUUGAAAUGAAUCCUCCCACAGCUCCCAGCUAUGAUGCAGACAUGCUUCCUGGCACAGGCCAAAGGUCCAAGUCAAACACAAAAGAGGCUAUAUCCCAGGUUCACAAAGCAAAAUCUGAGGAAUGUGCUACACAAUCAGUUUCUGAACUCGCACAAACUGUUAGACAACCAGUGGAGGCCAUCGCAGAUGAGCCAAUAAAAGGCUGUACAGAAAUACCUGUCUCUUCCCAGCUCUCAGUCACCCCUGUGGUUGGCAUUAAAGUAGCUCUGGAACAAAAGCAUUCUGAACACGAGAAGGUUGCGGACCAGCUUGCCUGCGUAGCUCCAGCACAAGAAGUAGCAAAGCCCGAAACACUAACCGAAGAGGCACGCUUACCUGGCAUGUGGCACGUUCCCAGUACGAGCAACAGCAGGCAGCGAAACAAGAACUCAAAGACUGUUCCAUGGAAGUAUAAAGUACACAGCUAUGCCGAGCCAAUAGGGGUUCAUCAGACAUCGACAGUCACUGCAAGGGUAGUGCUGCGAGCUAGCGAACUCAUAAUGCUUUCCUGAUAUUUACAUUUAUAUACAGUCAAAUCAAUCAAUAGCAAUUCCCCUCAUUAAUUCAGUGUAUUAAAAAUGAGCUGUGUCUAAAGACCACCUGCCUUUAAGGACUAGUUUUAGAUACCUUGAGAGGUUGGCAGACAAAGCAAAUUGAGUUAAAAAGAUAAACGCCAAAGGGUCACACAUCUUUUGCAUGUGGUUUUCAACUCUGAGAGCUUGUGUGCAAUUUUGUAUGCAUGUCAUUUUAAUGGAUUUGUUCAGCUACUGUAUACCUAAAACACUCAAAGUGCAAGUUUUACCAUUGAAUUGAUUUGAAGAGAGGAUGCACUUUCAGAUACAUGUGACUUUUAUAAAUACAGUAAUGCCUCGAUUGUGUCAUAUUUUAGCAUCACCAAUGCCAUGUAUUUGGCUAUGGAGGCUUUUUUUUAAAUUACAUUACAGAUCAAGUAGGUCCAUGUCAGAUUUGAACUGUUUGAUUGUAUUAAGCACUGUGUCAAUCUCCUGUAUCUAAUGUAUGUUAUAUACCUUUUCAGGGUUUUAAUGUGUAACACAAAUAAAAU